AUGGAGUCACAUAUUUUAAAUAUGUACCAUCAACCCCGUUUUCGUUCUAUUGGUCAUAAGAUUUUGCGUUCCACAAGUGAGUCACUCUCAUCAGAAGGUAGCUGUCAACAGAACAGUCCAGAGUAUGUUCCGGAUCAACAAACAAAUCAGUAUGAAGAGGAAAGUAAUGAUGAUGAAUACUGGGAAGAACAGGAGGAUCAGAAUCAAGUUUGGAAUCAUAAUAAGAAUCCUGUUGUUGAGCAGUUAAACCAAGACUUAAGCUCUGAUGAGGAAGAAGUUGACUUUCAAGCUCAAGAAAUAGAUCUUAACAGGAAAUCCUUCGAUGUUAAAGAUAUAGAACAAUCAGAAAUUGACAAUGUAGAAGAAGAUUCUCUAGUUGAAGGUGACGAUUAUGAUGUUAUUCAAGUUUAUGCUGUACAUCCAGACUUUGACUUGGAAGCAUCAUCUGAAGACGAAGAACAGUCCGAUUGGCAUGUGAAAGAAAAUGGUGAAAGGACAGAGACGGAAGAGUAUUAUAAUACUGAUGAAGACACAAACUGCAGUGUGCAGGAAAAUUAUGUUUAUGAUGAAAGUGAAACAACUGAAAUUAGUCAUGAUGCUUUAGGUAUAAAUUUAGAUACUCCAGUGGUUUCAAAUGUCGACGAAUAUUUCAUUAAAGAUAACAGAGAAAAUCAUAUACUGGAGGUUAAAGAUAAACCUGUAGUCAAUGACGUAGACGAAUACUUUAUCAAGGAUACAAAACAAGAAAACAAUAUUCCCAAUGUAGAUGACUUCUUCAUCAAAAAUGAAGUGCCCAAACCAACAGUGACGGCAUUCCACAUAAAGGAUACUCCAAUUGUAAAUUUAUAUGGUGUACAAAACAGUGUUGCAGAGGAGGUACAUCCCCAUCCGACCGAAGAGCAAGAGCCCCACGCAGAGGUAUCAAUUAAUGACUCUGAUUUGGAUGUACUUCCUAAUAUUGAAGAAAUUAAAAAAUUUCUUUUGGAUGAUAUACCUUAUAUGAAACUUAAAAAUGCACAAAAGUCUUGCUCUGUACCCCAUUCACCAAUGCAUAGCAUAUGCAUGGAUCUUGAUGCAAAGACGUGCUUGAGCUUUGAAGAUUUGAAUCUUGAUCUGUCAGAUCUUGAUUUUGGUAAUGAGAAAGAUAAAUCAGCUAACAGUUCCAAAAGCGAAGACAUUCCGCGUACGCUAACAGAGGAGGAUGUGAAUAGUUUUCUGAUUACUAGUAAAACACAGCCAGCCAUCAUUACCACAACAGAAGAUGAUUUGAAUCCACAAGACAUGGACAUAGAUGGAUCUGUAGAAUCAGCAACAGAUAAUAUUAAUCCAUCAUCUGUAACGACAUAUCGAAAUUGCUCAUCCACCCCAAUUCCUAAGUCAACUGUGUUGGAAUUCUGUAUAGAAAAAUCCGCAGUAAAGAAAGAAAAUGAUGUAAAAGUAGAACCGGAUGAUUUCGUCGAUGUGGAAUCCUGUAAUGAAUCGGUCAUCCCUGUUUUGGAAGCGAAUAAUUUAAAUUCGCUUUUGGAACAAUUUGAAGCUACAGAGAAAUUCAAUCCUAAGCCAAAAAAGUCCGUAAUCAAAGUUAAUGAUCAAAAAGUAAAAACAUUAAAUAGUUUAACGAAUGGCAUGCGACUACAAGAUGCUGGUGUUCAGUUGAAUAAAAAUAAAAUGCGGCAAAUCAUGAUGCCGUCAUCAAUUAACACUGCAAUCAGGAGAUCACCAAGUCCUGUUCAUUCUGAUCAUGACUAUUGUUCGUCGAAAAAACGACACAGUCUUCCUAAUUUGAAAGGUGGACAGAGUCUACUGAAACCUGAAGUUUUGUCUAGUAAUAGUAGAAUUCUAAAUUCUAGACACAGAUCGUGCAAAAAUAAGAAAAUUGUAUAUCAUCUAAGCAGUGAUGACGAAAAUGAAAAAUCUACUAGUACCAAAAUAAAGAAAAAUUCAAACAAUCGUAACGGUGAAGAUAAUGACACGAAAACGAAAAAAUCAUUAGUAAAGCAACCUGUAAAGGCUACAGUGCCAUCAACUUGCCGUAAGAAAACGUAUCCAGUGCAUAGUGCGAACGAUAUUUGUUUAGAUAAAGGCAACAGUUCUGUGAUGUUCAAAAAUGCUUGUAAAGCAAGUGAUACUCCUAUUAGUCAAAGUUCUAAUGGUAGCAUUAAGUUAACAAUUAAAAAUAAAUCUGAAGUAAUCAUUGAAAACUGUGAUGAAGACUAUAAAAAUAUUGAAAAAAAUAAAUCAAGUAGUGUAAGUGAAAAAUCAGCCAACCACUUUAAAGCUAAUAAUGUUAAAAGUAUAGAACCUUUAGAUAGUAAUCAAAAUCAAAAUAAAAUUGAAAAUACUAAUGAGAUACAUAAUCCUAGUAUGAGUGUAAAGGAAGAACCCAUUUCUAAUCCGGAGCAUUUUUAUACAGCGUUAUUUAGUAACAAGCAUGAUGUUCAGAUUCCCCAUUCGAUUGAUGUAAAAUUGGAAAAACGAUCUCAUGAAGAAGAUAUAAAGGUCAUUAAUGACACUUUUAAGAAUGAAAUCGAACAACCACAAAAGAAAAAGAAACUGAACCUUCAAGAGUAUAAACUAAGAAGAGGAGUAAACUCCAAUCAAAGUUCGGCAACUGUGAGUCCAGAAGCAAUAUUUCCCGAUUUAUCGAUUCCAGAAAAUAUUGAUAAAAUUCCUAAAUCCUCUGUAAACCAAACUCCUGCGAAUGGAGUCUCUAAUUAUUCAGCAAAAACAAACUCAGAGGUUCCAAAGAAAAUAUUCGAUCCCAUCAGAGAGGCUUCCAGAAAAAUUCUUAUGAAUACUAAAAAACAAAAAGCUGAGGCUAUGAGGAAGAGGGACGAAGAUAUUGUAAUGAGUAAAAUACCUAAGGUUGAAAAUUUGGAAUUGCAACCACUGAUCAGCGAAGCAGAAAUGAUGAAAAUUGUUGGUAUGGGCUCAGCAACAGAUAUACUUCCUAUACCAGUUGUGAAUGAGAAACCGCCGCAAUUAAGUGACUAUGAUGAAAUAGUCGUAGUGAGUGUUGGAACUAACACAGACGAUGAAGUGUUUAAAAAACUGCAACAGGCAGCUGAGCAUGAAAAGAGGAAGUCACAGACGCCACCAACUGACACAAAGUCUACCAUCAACUUUAAAAUUAAGAAGUCUGAUCACAUUCUUAAACAUAACGUUUUUGAUACAUUACAGAAAGACAGAAGUCCUAAGGAAGAUAAAAAACAUUCUGACAUUAAAAUCGAUAAAGAAAGAUUUAAAGACAUUACUGCUACAUUGAAAAGCGUAGAAAAACAAGUUGAGACAAAAAUAUCAAGUAACUCAUUGUUUGCCAGUAUACAGGAUGUGGUUAUGAAAAAGGCACCAGAAGUAAUUGUUCCGAACAAAGGCCAAAGUUCCAGCAACGGCGAACAAAAAUCGAAGCCUAAUUCUCCCAUGGAGAAAAAAUCCAAUCUCAAAUAUUACAAAACCACUAUCGUUCGUGAUUACGACGCUCAGGCUGAGCAUGGCGAAGACAAAAUAAUCUUACAUCUAGAAAAGCAACGAAAGAAACCAGAUGUCUUGAGUAUACUUAUUCAAACCGAACUUAAAGCAGUAGAUUCACCACUAGCACUAGAGAAAGUUGCAACACCCAAAGAGGAGCCGUCAAUACACAGAAAAAGGAAUGAUAGCGACAUGUCCAUGUCCAGUGAAAGUAGCCCGGAUCGUAUAAAGAAAGAUAUUAAACCGGCGAAAGUGGAGGAAAAACCCAGCGCCGUUAAACCAAAACUGGACAAGCGGGAGUCUGGAGGAACGCAAACUAAAGAGAAAAGAUCGCGUUCAAAAGAGCGCUACGAUUCAAAGUACAGACGCUCGCGUUCACCUGCGAGGGUUCACAGGCGAAAAAGAUCUCACAGUCGAAACAGGUCGAGGUCCAGGAGCCGGUACAGAAGGUACAGACGUUCUAAUUCGCCGCAUAGAAGGAAAAGGCGGUCUCACACGCGCUCACCGUACCGCAAACGGAGAUCACCGUCACCAAGAAGGGAAUUUCGGAAUCGGUCUAGGUCGCGAUCCAAACACGCCGAACCAAUACGACCUAAAAGUCCGGUGGUGAAGAAAUCGAAACCCAGCCCUGCUUACGAGAGUAGCGCGGCUGAUAAGAAACCUGUGGCUUCCUUAACGCCGCCUCCAAUACGAAAGCCAACCGUUUCUGAAAGCUCUGAUUCUUCGACUAGCAGUAGUUCAUCGUCUUCAUCGAGUAGCUCUUCAGAAGAGUCGGUGAAGUCGCGCAGAUCUAGCAGUUCCUACAGGAAAGGAGACAACUAUAAAAAGAAAAAUUACAGGAGCUCUUAUAGUUCGGAAGACAGAGAAAGCAAUACGCCCGUGGAAGAGAGACGGAUUGUGUUUGUCGGGAAGUUAGAAAAGGACAUCACUAAAUCUACUCUACGAGGAUUGUUCUCAAAGUUCGGUCCGGUCACUGAAGUGCGGUUGCAUACGAAGGAGGAUGGGUCCCGAUAUGGAUUCGUGACGUACCGUAAAUCCCGGGAUGCGUGGGCAGCUGUCGAGGCGGCCAGCUCCUUCCCACAGUACGAUGUGGGCUUCGGAGGCAGAAGGGCCUUCUGCAGGCAGAGCUACGCUGAUUUGGAUGGCUUGGAGGCUAAAUAUACAGAGAGCGCCUUCCACGGCCAGGCAGCCUUGCCCACACGUCGUAACGACGACAUGUCCUUCGAGCAAAUGUUAUUAGAUGUGAAAAAGAAACUUAACCAACGCAAAGGCGACAAGAAACGCCACGACGACACUGUGGCUUGA